AUGAGGCAGUGGAAGUCCCUGGUCCCGGCGCUGCACCUGCACGGCACCGCGGCGUCCUGCUUCCCGCACCCGCCAUCGUCGCCGUCGCCGCCGGCUAAGGUGGUGCGGCUGGUGGGGUGCGACGGGCGGGUGCGCGCGUACACGCCGCCCGUGACGGCGCGGGAGCUGAUGCAGGACCACCCGCGGCACCUGGUGUGCCGCGCCGACGCGCUGCUCAUCGGGGAGAAGAUCCCCGCCGUGGAGGCCGGAGAGGAGCUGCAGCCCGGGGAGGCCUACUUCCUGCUCCCCGCGCACCUGUUCCGCUCCGUCCUCUCCUUCGUCUCCCUCGCCUCGUCGCUGAUGCUGCUGCUGCUGUCAUCGUCCACCACCGCCGCCUCCGGUGCAGGGAAGAAGCCCGGCGCGGGGCGGCCGUUCGAGCUCCACCGCACGGCGUCCGGCACGCUGCAGAUCAAGUUCUCCGACGACUUCCUCCUCGCGGGCGGCGACGGCAAGGGCGUCGACGACGACGACGAGGCCGACGCGGACGCGCAGAAGGAGAAGGAGCAGGAGCAGCAGCCCUCCGUGCUGCUGCGCGGGGACGACCGCCUCGCCAAGGACUACGAGGAGCUGGUCGGGUACGGCAAGUCCCGCCGCUGGGCGCCCAAGCUGGAGACCAUCCAGGAGGUGGUGGCGCCAGCGCCCGCCGCGGCCCCGGAGUCCGCCGACCCCGCCGGCGGGCCCGGGCGCGGCAGCAGGAGGAGCCGCGCGCUGCCGUUCCUCGGCAGCCGUCGUCGCCUGCUCCGGCUAGGGAGGGAGGGUGAGGGUCUCGAUCCGUCCCGUAGGGUAGUUUUUCAGUGCAGCAUAGCUGUCCGCGCACACAGAAAACGGGCAGGCUGUGGUUUUCAGGUGACGCUGCUGCCAGUGCCAGCUGAUCCAUGGACUAGUGACGCUACAGUAACCUGCUGCCAUUACUGUACUACUCCUAGGUAG